AUGACUAAGAGGAGUGUUGAAUGUUGUUGGCAGGAAAUCAGAGGCUACGUUGAGUACACCAUCUCAGAGUUGAAGGGCUUGGGAAGGACCCUUGACGAUGAUGAAAUGGGUGAUGAUGACGUUUUCGAAGCUCCCGCCGAUGAGAACAUGAUCUUCACUAAACAGGCUGAGAUCGACAAUUUCCACAUCAAGAAGGCGUGGCAGAACAGGUUGCCGGAGUUCUUGAAGUUCUGUCAAAAACAAAUCGCGAGGAGCUUUCCACAAGUUGGUGUGAUUCGUAUACGUGUCAGAGAGCCGAAUAAGGAUCCGGUGGAGAAAGCAGACUUCCAGCGAGUGAUCCUCGCCUGGAAUGGUAUGCCCGCUAAACAAAUCGCUGGUAUGACAGUUAUGUCAUAUUUCGCUCUUGGCUUUGAUAAAAGCGGAGCUGUUGGUGACAACGCCUAUAUGCGGUCAACUGCCGAGCUCACGAGACGGAUGAUCAGACUCUGA